AUGCGGAGAAAAGGGAUCUCCGAAGGUACCACCGAGGCGGGCGCUCUCCCGGCUUCCAUCGAUAGCUUAACCUUAUCUUAUCAGUCCCCACACGAAGCGAGCAUCUUCCAUCCUGCCGCCCAGACAUCUUUCCGAAGAUGUCAAGAGCCUCCCAUUAACACCCUGUGGAGGUUAAAAGACAUGUCUUUAUUCGAAGGCAGAUAUUCCAAACCAACGACGAAGAGGCGUUCAUCUUGCGAUUAUCAGCUGCAACAGCUUACUCAUUCCGCAGUAACCGGCAUGGCUGCCUAUCGCGCCUGCGGUAUCCAGGACUUUGACGUCACAUCACAUGGAAUCAUAAACAAGACUUGUCACUGCCGACCGGAUGCCUAUCACUCUACACUUUGUCUUCAAAUCACAUAUAAUUCUGACGAUUGUUCUUACAAGUUCAUCUUCAUUCGUGCUUUAUCAUCCAUCCUACCUUAUUACACCGACGACACCACAAAUAACCCCUCAACGUCUGAUAUAGGCCAAAGUGUGUUCAAAAUGGCCACCAAGAUUGACUCUGCUCCCACUCAGCACAUGACCCGCGGCUGUGUGCGUUUUACACCCGGCCCUUCAUAUGGGGAUGCUACUUCAGCUCUGAAGAAGAUCCCGCGAUACCUUUUCAGAGUCCAUGCACCAAGCACCUCAGGUGAAACAUCUCUAAAAUCUGUCGUGUCAAGAGCUGCUCUCUGUGGUCACGCUGGAUCCGACUGCGACAUAUUCUCGAUGCCUCCGGACGAAGCAGCCGAGAUGCUCAACUGUCACCUUCGCGGUUGGGCUCGGGAUGGUGACAACCUCAUGUCUUGGACGAGCUCAUUACUUUUCGCCCUUCAAUACGCACUGUAUCGCAGCAUCAUGCCCAAAAACGGGCGUCCCGACGACCCGUCCGAUAUCUGGAUCUAUAUCUUGGACACAAGACUUUUGCCUGGAGGUUCCUUUAUUCCCGACGUUGCGCUCCUUGAUGCAUUCACUGGGAAAGACGCAGCACGCACGUAUAAUCUAUCUAAGCUGCGAUUUUUGCGCCAAGAAACUCAGUACAACUUUGGGGAAUACUUGUGUCAAGGGAAGCUAUCGAUUGAAGGCGUAUGCUCUUCAGCCUCUCUCCAAAGUACCAUCGAUCAUGGCCUUUUCAGGCUCUUUCCCGAGCUCGGGCUGCCGAACAAGAAUCUCGAACUGGCAAAAAAGGUCUGCAGGCUUCGCGUCCAAUGCUUCGCUUCACCCACGCCGGCGACGAAGGCCGACUUCCGCUUUGCCAGCUCCAUUGCGCAGGGAUGUUUCGGAGCGGAAGACGAAUGGGCACUCCCAAUGACAGCCGCAUUACUCUCUCUGCGGAAGCGACCGAUAAACGAUGUUGUAAUCAUUGGCGGGUUCAAGGCCCUAUUCUCGGGUAUUGGGCGAGAUAAAUGCUCUGUAGCAUAG